UCUUCAGACAAAACUGAUCGAGUAGCAGUGAUAUAAAAACGAACGUAUUGUCAGGUGCAUCAAAGAGGUGGAAGGAGGAAGCCAGACCGCUAGACCGGCCGGCCGGCCGGCUGAAGACCGAAUUCGCAGCACGCUUCUAUCUCUGUCCUACUCCUGCAAGGACAGAUACCAGCAACGCGUCGUGCUUUCUUCUUACGAGUGCACAGUAUUCUCACAGACUUAAUCAUCAGAUCGGAUCAGUGCGAUUGGAACUCAGACGAAAACACGAGAAUGCAUUCGUGAUUAACUUCAUGAUUGUAAUAGACGCCGUGAUGAAUGAACUGGAAUUUUUUCGUGUUAGGUUCGAUUCAGGCUUUGGAGAGUCCAGUUCUUCGGGAGUGGCCGUGAAAGCGACGAACGUGUGACGGAGCAGAAAGUGGGCACGUGCGUACGAUUUUUCACAACAAGAAAAAUUUCGAGAAGUCGAAGGAAGAUGUUGUGGCGACUCGCAGUGUUAUGGCUUGUGGUCUCCAUAGCAACAUGCUUGCGCAGUAGUAGCAGCAGCGGCCACCAGAGGGACAGCAGUUACGUGGCGCGCGCAGCCGACUCGGAGUUGAUCAUUGACAACAACAGAGACAAAUCGUAUGCAUCGUUCACCAAACUUCAUGCUGGACGACACGUGUGUUCUGUACAGAAGGCUGUGACGCAGCCUGUGAAAAUCUUACAGUCGUACUGUAAGCCGGCGUUCAAAUCUUACACUCAGCCCUGCCUCGACAACAAGAGCUGUAAUGGAGUUCGAUUGGUGUACGAAACUGCAUUUAGAACAGUGUACGAGACAAAAAUUAAUCGGUACACAAGCUACAUUUGCUGUCCAGGUUGGACGCAGAUCACCAAAAUAGACAACGGAUGCAAUAAAGCUUUGUGUAGGCGGCUGUGUCUGAAUGGUGGAUCGUGUAUCAAACCGGAUAUGUGUGUUUGUCUUCCGGGCUUCACCGGAAAGCUGUGCGAGUCAGAUAUUGAUGAAUGUCGAGAAAAACCAUGUGACCACACAUGCAUCAACGUAAAUGGAAGUUUCUACUGUCAAUGUCACGAUGGAUUUGACUUGCAGGGUGAUGGCCGAUCAUGCAGAAGUCAUGAAGGAAAAGAUGCAACAGAAGCUAGGGAUCUCUUAGACUAUGAUAUUCUUGCAAAGAAGGUCCAGAAACUUGAAAAGGUUAUGGUAAGACACUCGUCUGAUCCAGCGACAGACGAAGCAAUAUCAGAGCUUAAAGGCAAAGUUAAACUGAUUAUUGAAAAUAUAGCAGAACUCAGACAUCAGCUAAAUGAUAUUGAGAGACACCAAAAUGAGUAUCAUCAGCAAAUGGAAAGUCUUCAACCAUACAGAGUUGAAAUUCAACGCAUAAACACACUGUGUGAUCAAGUAGCAGGGAUAAAGCAAACACUGAAUGAAUGUAAUUGCAGAAGUUACUACAGCAACAGACUUGUUCCUUAGAAUUCCACGUGAAAAAAUUUAAAUACAUGAAAUCAUGCCUUCAGAUGUGAAGGAUAAAUGAAAUACAAGACAUUCAGAGAAUAGUGUAUACGAGAUGGUUUCUAACCUCACUCUUACAGUUAAUGUUUUAAGAGGGACCAUAUGAUGUGGGACACCGUCCCACUUUGUUUCGGUAAGAUCUGAAACCAUUCCAGUUCUUCUGUCAUUGCCUACAAUUAUGUCAAGUAUUAUAAUCUUAAUCUCCAUUCUCAAUUUUGAACAAUUACAAAAAACAUGAGUUGCAACUCAAAAGCACCAAUGAAACAAAUAUAACCAGGCGAAAUGAAACUUCUGUUCACCGAAGAAAAUUCCCUUGGCAUCAGACCAGAGGUUUGUUUAUACAAAUAUUUUAUAGGUGAGAUUUCAGGUUCUCAUGAUGGUAUAUAUGAAGAGAGUGUCCUCUGGGAUGUUGCACGUGUAGUACGGUAGAAGUUUACCGACAUUUCAAGGGCACUUGCUGUCUCCACCAUCAGACUGAUAAUAAAGUACCUCUGAAACAUCAGAGUACACAGUGCAACAUCCAAGAAGAUGGUCAUCUCCAAAUAUUUUAUACUUGCCUCUAGAAAGAGUGAAAUUGUAUUGAUGGAGCUGCGAAGAAUGGAAGUCGGAAAUCUUUUGUACCUAGUCUAAUUCACGAAGCCACUGCCAUUAUACCGACAUGCUUUCCAAAAGGAAAAAUUGUACUGAAAACGAGUCCCUAUUUAAAGAUAAUGUAAAGAAUAACCAAACUCAGUUAAGUCUUCUUAGGCAAUCAGUUGUGUAAGGUGAUUUUUGUGACCACGCGACGUGGCCGAUCGCCUGAGAAGACUUAAUUAAACUUUGCCAUGAAAGGUCUAGAUAAUACAUCAAUAACCACACUGCCUUAAUUUUGCAAACAGAUGAUUUCAUCACUGUUUAAGUUAGAAACCGUCCUUCGUUUUAGCCCAACCACAACCGCAACCAAUAAGGAUACAAUUAGAUUUCCAUAAAAGCAUGUUCAAAUGUAUUCAAGUAUGGAAUCUUAUGCGAUUCUUCACUUCUAAAUUAAAUGCAUAUAAAAAGCACAGAAACUGCCAUAACUAUAAGUACCAUACGCCAAUUAAGUUAUUUUCCGGAUGCCAAACCGACGGCACGAGACAAUUCCUAUUCUGUUAAUUUAAAACCGCUUUCGCUUCAGUUACGUACCUGUAAACCCCUCCAAAGUAUUUAAACAGGAAUCACGAUGAGCUAGAUGAUAAAACUAUAAAAUACAUUCCAAUGGCGAAUAAAAUUUAUGUUAGUGUCACCACAGACAACCAAAGCGCAGACAGGGAAAAAUACGCAUUACUUGUCUAACUCGGAUACAUCACCCACCUGCAAGAAGGAAAAAAUACUGCACAUUCUGUUUACAGGGAUAUUAAAAUAUAUUAAUAAUUUCUAAGUUGAAUAGUAAUUAUCACUGGAUACAAUUAAUAGUUUUGUGAAUCAAUUGAUUUGAGCAUCAAGGCAACAUGGAGACAUGAUUUAGUAGUAUUAU